GGUGAGAAGAAGAAAACCAAGCCUUACCUGUGUGGACUCACGUAUAGGCGCUUCAGCGGAGACUGAGCUUCUCGGUGCCAGAGACUUCCUGAGCCGUCUAAGGGGGGGUUGAACCGCGGCCGCAGCCAUGGCCGAAUCCCAGCUCAUGUGCAUGGAGGACGGGCAAAUCGGUGCCAAAGUCCCGGAGUCCAAGCCGGAGUUUUACUACAGCGAAGAGCAGCGCGCAGCCAUCGAGGAGCUCGUGAAGAACGGAGACGGCGCCUUCAAGACGAGGCUCAAAGAAGAUAACGUCAAAGACUUUUUAGCCGCCAGGGAGGUCAAACUGCUCCUGAACACGUUCAGAAAGUACGACCUGAAGGAUGACAGCGACAGCAGCGGCGGCGACAAAGCGGCGGAGCCGGUGGCGAGCGCCGGCGCCGGCGUCGAGGCGGAUUCGGGGGUCCAUUCCACCUACUGGCCCCAGAUGUCGGACACGGAGGUUCCGCCGCUGGACAUCGGAUGGCCCAACUCCGGGUUCAAGGGGGUGACCCGGGUGGCCGUGCACACACACCCUCCCAAAGACAACGGACCUCACAUCAAGGAGGUGGUGCGCCGGCUCAUUCAGCAGGCCAGCAAGGUGAUAGCAAUAGUGAUGGACAUUCUCACGGACGUGCACAUCCUGCAGGACCUGAUGGACGCAGCUUCUCGCCGAUCUGUGGCAGUUUACAUUUUGCUGGAUGAGCCAGGUGUGCCGCACUUCCUGGAUAUGUGCUCCAGGCUGCAGAUCGGCGCACAACACCUCCGGAAAAUCCGAACCAGGACCCUUCAGGGAAUCGGCUUCAAUUUAUCCUCUGGCAAAUUCCCUGGUUCACUCUGUAAUAAAUACAUGCUGGUGGAUGGAGACAAGAUCAUGUUUGGCUCCUACAGUUUCUCCUGGUGUACAUCUCGUAUGGACCGAAACAUGAUCACGGUAAUGACGGGACAGGUCGUCGACUUCUUCGACCGGGACUUCCGUGAGCUUUAUGCCAUCUCUCAGAAGCUGAACCUCUACAAGGAGUUCCACGUUACCGCGCCCACUGCUGCCCCCCCGGUUCUCUCCAAAGUGGGCUCCAAACGCCCCGCGUUGCCAGCAACCACGUCCCGCUUCCAGGUGACCUUAGGGGAUUCACGGAAAGCUGACAUCCAGGUGCCCGCUCACAAAUACAACAACCCCAAAUACUUGCUGGCGUUUGCGGAUGUUCCACGUCCGUCAGGGUCUCUGCAGGAGAAAGGACCUAACAGGGGUUUGGUUAUGGCUGACCUGCUAGAGGGACCACGACAGGCCAGCAGCGUGACGAUGGACCGGUCAAAUCCACUGCCCUCAGAGGCCUCAAAUGAAAGCUUUAGGAGACACAACGGCAUCACGCAGGAGAAAAAGGGAUGGGCCGCAUUAAAGCAGAGGCUCUCCAAGAGGAAACCUUCCACUAAGCCUUCUGUUAAAAUCAGCGCGAACACUGUACCCAAAGAAACGAAACAGACUGAGAAUGAGGAUAGUUCUGAGGUGACUGUCAUAACACCAGCCAAACCGAGUAAGAAGCAGUCUAAAAGGAAAUCUACACCACAGCAAUCUGUCAGCACUGUACUGGACAAUGAGAGUGUCAAGAGCCGCCCUCGAGGGAAAGCGUGCAAAAUCUCCUGAGCUGAACACAGUUUGGAUUACAAAAUGACUUCCUUAACACCGACGUCACAGUUGGUUGUGAAAUAUUGCCGGUGUUGUGCAUCCGGCUCCUACUGUGACAGAGAGACAUUACAUUGAUAAUUUUAUGCUCUGUGCCAAAUGUAAAGUGAAAGUAUUGUGUAAUAUUCUGUGACCAAAAUGUGACAUUAAACUCACACGGAGAUGUGAAGUGAAUGACGUUGUUCAACUUGCUACAUGCUGCAUGUCAAGGGGUGCGGGGUUAAUAAGGCAACAGGUGAAAUGUCAGUUCUUGAAGAUGAUGCUCUGGAAGCAGGACAACUGGUCGUGGGGGAAAACAAUGGUGGCUAUGGGUCAGAGCAUCUGCAACAUUUGGUCUAUUCGGAUGUGGUCUGGUUAGGACCAACUAACAAGGUUGACCAGGGAAGUGACGACCAAGGCCCACCGUGAGGAGCAAAGACUUUCCUCUCGUGGUCUUAUAACCCACAGAGGAGCUUCUGCUGCAGACAUCAAUUCACAGUGUUGGUUCUUUUUUUUUUUCUUUCUGUGGUGGUGCUUGGCCUGGUGUUGGUUUGUCUUUUACUCAGGGGAGAGCUGGACUACAGAAGCAGGUGGCAGCAGUGUGACACUCUGGGCAAUCUUCUGGGGAAUUUAUGCGGACGUUUAACAUUGUUGCAGGCUAAAUACAUCCUUUCAGUGACCUGGCAACAGCCUGUUUCGGCACCAAAAGGAAACUGGUUACGAGAACGAAUUCAUCUUGCAAGUUUCAAGACGUCAAAGCUCCACUGUUAAUGGACUUCCUCUCCACAAAGUGUACGAAGUGAACAGUAAGAGGCAAGGCAGUGUCAGUGUUGUGGCUGCUUGGUUUGUGUGUUUCCCUGGUGAUGACUUGUCUGACGCUUCGGGUUCUUCCCUGCUGAACUCUACCUGCAAGCUGAACAAAAUGUCUCUGGCUGUUGAAAGAAGAUUGUCAUCUGUUUGUCUGUGUUUGUAAGAACCAGAGGAAGGUGUAGUAGGUCAUGUUUUUCUUUGACAUGACCCACUACAUGCGCCUAGGAUUUCUCUUUUGACACUGGACGCCUAAAGCAAAAGCGGGUGAAUAAACAUCAACUUCUGUUUAGACAAGUUAGUCAUUGUGUGCUAUUGGGUUUGUACAGUAAAUGUUACUGUUUGAUUCACAUAUAAAUUAUGACACAUUCUGGUCUUGAAAUUGUCUUGUAAA